AUGCACCUAAUUUGUUUAAGAGCGCCGCUGCACCUUUCGUUUCUGCUAACUCCUCUAAUAAAGGUAGUUGCAAUCAAAGAAAGUGUUAAGAGUCGCUUAUAUAUGGCAUUUUACCAACAAUCGAAUGGACCUUCCUUACUAGAGUCUAAGGGAUUACAACGGAUCCUUCGAAGGGUCCGAUUUAUUAUUGAGAACGUGUUUCUUCGGACAAGUGCAAUCACAACAGCAUCACUGAAGAAACUUGAAUUACUCUAUGGAAUACCAUUGCUUUUGCUAUUGAAAGAAUGGCAACAGAGAAUUAACACCGAAGAAUGGCUUCGACAAUUGCACUCCAUCAGAAAUACGCUUAGAAUAAAGUCACUAGUCCAAAUAUACACUAAACACGGAAAAUCUAUAAUUCAAACAAUCAUCUCAUUAUGUGGUAAGAUUCCGACCUGGGCAAUCACUUAUAUUGGAAUUGAAUCCAUCUGUCGACAUAUCCUCCCAAGAUUAGAAGGUUUCUCUAAGCUUCUGGGUGAGCAUCAUCCAAACCGUAUCAUGCAAUUACUCCUAUGUCUUACAUUAGUGCUACUUUACAGAAAACAGAAAUAUGUCCCCAUUUUUAUAAGAAGAAUGUUUUUUGGGAAAAGGAGACUACUUACAGAUUUCUUAAUGAUUUACUCAAUAAAGAAUCUACUCUGCUUGCCAAAUACAUUGAAGAAGAUCUUUAAAGUUGGUAGCACUGAUAAUGAGUCCCCAUCUACUUCUAUGAACCGUCAAUCUUUAUUUUAUUAUAAACUGAAUGAAAUCGAAAGACCAUCCAAUUUAACGACAACAAUUCAACCACAUGUUGAUAAAUUGAAUGAGAUUUAUGAACUGAGGUCACAAAACUAUCGAUCAUCAUCACAUAUACUUGACGUGCUAUUAAACUCCCACGUGAUACGCAACAUCGUACCCUCAAUGAAAUGGGCCCUUUGGAGAAGGCUUUUAGUAUAUGUCGUUAAUCUUAAUAGUCAACCGUUGUAUUGUGCGAAAAAACCGACCAACAAUUAUAGACAAUACAAUAAACUAAUGGAAUCAAGCGCAUUGAUGCUAGGGUUCUUUUUUUUAGAUAGAGAUAAUUCAAUGGUAAUAAAACCUGAAUUUCUAAAAAAACUAUUUCAAUUAGCUAUGAAUGCCUAUCUCGAUGUUUCAAUUCUUGAUAUAUUUCCAGCCAUCCAGAUCAGUUAA